AUGCCCGAAAAGCGCAAGAUUCGAGAUGUCAAGAAAGUUGUUGCAGUAUCCUCGGCAAAGGGAGGAGUUGGAAAGUCUACAAUAGCAGGUAUGUUGAUAUUCCCCGUACCUAUCUACGUCUCGAACAGGGUGACCACAGCGCAAGAACUGUCAGCCCAAGUGGAACGAACAAUUGCUAAAGAGAUCUUACCAGUCAAUCUCGCGCUAUCAUUUGCGCGCCGUGGGAUCAAGACAGGCAUUCUGGACACUGAUAUAUUCGGCCCUUCUGUCCCCACCCUACUAAAUCUCUCCGGCGAGCCUCGUCUCGACGAAAACAACUGUCUUGUCCCUCUAACAAACUAUGGCCUCAAAUCGAUGUCAAUGGGCUACCUCCUUCCUCAAACACAAGCCGAUAGCACAACCGGCGAACUACCCAUGGACACUACCCCAAUCUCAUGGCGCGGACUAAUGGUAACCAAAGCCAUGCACCAACUUCUUCACUCAGUAUCAUGGGAAGUCAUCAUCGAUGGCGCCGUGAUCGUAUCCACACCCCAAGACAUCGCACUCCGCGACGCGGUGCGCGGCAUCGGGAUGUUCCAGCGAAUGGAAGUCCCCGUUCUUGGAAUGGUGCGCAACAUGGCAUAUUUCGCGUGUCCGCAGUGCGGGACUCAGACUCGCAUUUUCUCGCAUGGAGAUAACCACCACCACGCGCAUGGUGAAAACCACGGUGUAGUAGCUGAGUGUAAGCGGCUCGGGGUCGACUUCCUUGGUGAUAUCCCUCUUGAUGCUCGGGUGUGUGAGGAUGCUGACCGUGGGAUGCCAACUGUUGUUGCGGAGGAGAGUGAUGAGCGCAGCGCGAGACGGGAGGCUUUCCUUGGUGUUGCUGAGCAGGUGGCUCGGAAGAUUGGUCUUGAUUGGCGCUAA